AUGCAAUACAAAAGCCUCAUCGCUCUUUCAUCGCUUCUGUCGCUGGCGACAGCUGCUCCCAGAGGCUUUCUCUCCAAACGCAUCGACCAGGAUGAAAUUACUUGGGGUCCCUUGAUUGGUCUUGGGCCCACUGUUGAUGGUGUCGAAAUUGUAGGCGUUGUCGCCACGAUCUACCCCGGAAAUAUGCCCAAGACACAAGCCGGUGGUCUUUACAACUGGAUUGGAAUCAACAACGAGACCGAGACGGGAGAUUUGGUUCAAGGUAUCGUCGGCUCAUACAGCCAUGGUGAAAGUGAAUGCAAGGGUGCAAAGGCAGACUCAUUAUGGUGUAUCUCAGCAGAAGUUUAUGGAUGGGACACCAAAUUGAAUGACUGGAACCAAUAUGUUGGUGACGAACGUACGCUGGCCGCGACUCCUGAAGACGGAAUCACUUUCAACUACACUCUGAUCAACCAGAAGACCGGAUUGUGGUAUCAGACUGCUCGCAAUGCCCGCACUGGAGCACUGUACGCCCAAUACAACAAGACUUCACCAACCAUGACGAUGGUCAACACUGCCGUUGAGUGCCAGUCGUGCACGCCUCCAAUCGAUGUUCAAUACUGGAAAGAUAUCACCAUCAAACUAUCUGGGGCCGACAAGAACUUUGGCAGUACACUCUAUCAAUCGAACAAUGCGACCAACACGGAGCCCUUCACCAACGAUCACGGCAAGAUUUGGAGAAUUCAGAAUGUCACCAUUCCAGUGGUUCCGCCGGUCGCUGACGUUGUC